AAAAACACAAGUUUAUUACUCGUACAAAAAGCGAGGAACAGAACAUCAGAGAAGCUUCUGGAGACAACACUGGGCAAAAUAUCUCGUACCACCAUUUCAUCCAAGCCGUUCAUUCCCUAAUUAAACCUGAUCUAACCCGCUCAUUUUCUAGAAGAGAAAAUUGAGAAUAUUAUGUUUAAUUCAUAUGAAAGCCCAAGCGUAUUUAAUGGAAAGCCCGUUUCUGGAGACUUCUUUCUUCAACCUUAGCGUUAAGAGAGAGUUGCUCGUCUCUUCUCAAACUCUUUCUUCUCUCUCUCCACCCUAAUAAUGCUAAGGUUCCUUGUCCUGACGAAACAGUGCUCUUCUUUUCUUUUAAAGAAACAUAUUUUUUUUUAUAUUUUCUUACUUUGAACAGAAAUCCAGUACCUUUUUGUAUUAAAGGAGUUUGAUUGGAUUUUUGGUACAAGGCUGAGCUUUGUAUUUAAUUCGUCGACAAAAACAGAAAAUUUUCUGGAGUUAGGUUUUUCUUGAUCGGUGCAAGUGUUGAAGUUAUUGGUGGUUAUUGAAGAAUGGCAGGUGAAGAAGGGAAAAGCAUUGAUUUUUAUGCAGUUUUAGGGUUGAAGAAGGAAUGCACUGCAACAGAGCUUAAGAAUGCUUACAAGAAGCUUGCACUGAAAUGGCACCCGGAUCGCUGCUCAGCAUCAGGGAAUUCAAAGUUGGUGGACGAGGCUAAGAAGAAAUUUCAGGCCAUUCAAGAAGCCUAUUCUGUGCUGUCGGAUGCCAACAAAAGGUUUUUGUACGAUGUAGGAGUUUAUGACUCUGGUGAUGAUGAUGACGCAAAUGGAAUGGGUGAUUUUCUGAAUGAAAUGGCAGCUAUGAUGAACCAAAAUAAGUCCAAUGAAAAUCAGGGAGAAACCUUCGAGGAAUUGCAGGAUCUGUUUGAGGAAAUGUUCCAAAGCGAUGUUGGGACAUUUUCUUCUUCUUCUUGUCGGAGUGAAACUCCUUCUAUGUGUUCUACCUCAUCAUCUACAUCAUUCAGUGAGCCUUUUUUAUGCUUCUCCAACAAAAGGAGUUCUUCUGAUAUGAGCUCGGGUAGUGCAAAGGAUGAUUCUUGCCAAUUCCAAGGAUUUUGUGUAGGGACAGGUAGUACAGGCGGAAAAUGCGAGGAAAGAGAAAGGAGCCGGAGGAAGAAUACCGGGAAUGGCCGGAGGUAAUACGAGGGAUGCCAAAAGGCAAAGGGCUCUAUCAAGGGAGAGCUUUUGAUUCAAUCAUUGUUUCUUAUCCUAAGGAAUAGAUUACGUAGCACAACCUAAUUAAUUGAUUUGCAGCUUAGUCUUGAAUUAAAAUCCAAGUGUUUAGAAGCUUUUGUUGUUAUUUAAGAAGGUGCGAGAUAAAUAUUUGGUUGGUUAAGAUGUUUUUAAAGGAAAUUAGGAGCUUAGCUAAGUAGUUCCAGUGGCUAUUGCCAGAAGUUACAUCCUUAAUAUUUUGGAUGAAUCCUGUAACUAGCUUUUUUUAUGCUAUGGCUUUUGACCCUUUUGCUAAUUGAUGGGAUGCAGUUGUUGGCAAA